AGUGACAUUUCUCAUAUGAAAUGAAAUCUUUUGCUGGAAAGAAAAAUCAAAACACGUCUCCGUAUUUCUAAUUUCUAGAAAAACUGAAAAACUUUAAACAACAAAAGUUUUAACAAAUAAAACCCAAGUGAAUAACUUUCACCUGCAUCAACAAGAUGACAAAAGAUGAAUCAACUCCAGCUAAAACAGCUGAGCAAGUAAAAACUCGAGGACCUCGAGAUCGUCAUCAGAAAAAAGAUAAACCAAAACCUCUAACAAAGGUCAUUAUUCGACGCCUUCCACCAACAAUGACCGAAGAAGAGUUUCUCAAACAAAUUGAUCCUCUUCCCGAACAUGACAAUUAUUACUACGCUGCAGCAGAUUGGUCUUUAGGUUUCGAUGCAACUUGCCGGGCAUAUAUCACUUUUAAAAAUCAUGAGGACAUAUUCCUCUUCCGAGAUCGUUUCGAUGGUUAUGUUUUUGUUGACACAAAAGGCGAAGAAUAUCCUGCCAUUGUUGAGUUCGCUCCUUUUCAAGGAUUACCCAAAAAUAAAGCUAGAAAAACUGAUCCCAAAGUUGGAACAAUUGAAAGUGAACAACAUUAUAUUAACUUCCUUCAAAAACUCGAAGAAGAUCGAGAAGCUUGCAAGAGUGAGUGUAAAUUGGAAUUCUCUUUGCAACCCAAGGACGACAAGAAGGUUACUUCCACUCCAUUGCUUCAGUUUUUAAUGAAUAAAAAGAUGGAACGUCGAGAAGAGCAAAAGAAACGAACCGAAGAUAAUCGACGUAAACGAGAAGAGGAGAAACAAAAACGAAGGAAUAGAGUCUCCAAGGGAAUUCCAACUGCCAUCAAAGAAGAAGGUACUUCCUCUAAGGAGACUCAUCCCGAAGAGAAGAAGAAUUCAAGGGCUAAACGCCGCGCAGAGAGAGAUCAACGUCGUCGUGAGGAACAUGAACAGCGUCGCCGGGAAAAGGAAAAGGAGCGAAUAGCAGCUGAGAAUGAACAAAAAACAGGGAAGCCGUCUGACCAACCGCCUGCCAAGGAGCCAGAAAAAACAGUUCCAAUUGUCAUUGCCAAGCCUCCUGAAGGAGAAUCUAAUAAACGUAAGGAAGUCAAGAAGUACAGUGAGAGGAGAGAGAGAAAUCGUCAUAAGAAUUCCCAACAGAAUCCAACAUCCGUUUCUAAUGAAUCAUCCACCAAUCCAACAAGUUCAACUGUAAAACCAGUAAAGGAAGACAAAACUCAAGUGAAAGAGAACGAUGCCAUGAUGAGCUUUAUGAAGAACAUCUCGAAUGUUAAGGAAUUUGUUCCAAAACAUAAACAAGAAGCUGCAGCUGCAAAAGAGGAGGAAAAGGUAAAGGCCGAGGAGUUCAAAACUCCAGUAGAUAUGGAAGAGGUUAAGGAAAAACUCGAAAAGAUGUCUUUGAAUGACAAAGAAAAGAUAGUUCAGAAAACUGUUUCCCUAGAAAAGGAUGAGGAAACAGUUGAGCCAAAGUCUUCUGAGAGGACUGAACGUUCGCAUCGUAAUUCUAGUUCCAGCGGAGGUUAUCCAAAUGAAACCAAAAGCGAAGAUCGAAAGGAACGGCGUAUACGCAAUAAGGAUCGUCCAUCAAUUAUGAUUUAUCAACCUGGCAAAUCUAGACUUCGUUCAGCUGAAGAUGGUCAACCAAUUUUAGAUACAAAAAGUAAUCCAACUUCAGAUACUGAGAGUUUGAAAAAAGAAGAACGAUCCAAUACUGUUCGUAAAGUAAGUCGUUAUUCGGAGAGACGUUCUGGGAGAGCUAGAGAUGGUAAACGAAGGAGCAGUGAAGAUAUCACAGCGACAACAAAAACAGUCCAAGUUACAGGAAUAAAUGAUAUAAAAAAGGACACUGAAGCAAAACCGAUUGAGGAGAAAAAAAUUGAGGAGAAAAUUGUUGAGAAGGAAACUGAAUGAAUUUGAAAAUUACA